AGUGUCGCCUUCUCUCUCCGUGUUGAAGGGUCCUCUGGCGUGUGUGUGUGUGUGUGUGUUGUUUUUUGUCAACAGCUUUAUCUCUUUUUGGCUAAAGGGUGGCAACUUUCAGGUCGGUGUGGGGUAAACCAUUCAUUUAUUUCCACCUCGCCGACGCUUGUGUGUGCGUGUGUGUGUGUGUGUGUGUGUGUGUGUGUGUGUGUGUGGAGCAAUCUAGGAAGUAAAGUGAGCCUGACGUUUCUACCAGGACGACGAGAGGACGUUAAUCCCCAAUUUCUUAAGAAACUGUGAUUUACACGAGAAGUAACGUCGCCGAACUACAUGGAAAUUAGGACGUCAUCAUUUACAUAUGAUGACAAGGCAUUUGUCGACUCACCUUUUCGGCAAGCGCAGGUGAAGAAGACUUUUUCUUUCCCUUUUUUUAUUUGCCCGAAUAUUGUGUGAUUGGAGUUCGCCGACGCUGAGCGGACGGUGCGCAGCUCUUCCACUUGCUUUCGCUUCCAGGGAGUAUUUCGGCUUUUUAAAGAUGAAAUGAGCGCUUUAUCUGGAAAGUGGAUGCUGGCAGAGAUUUGGGGCAGUGAGUUAUGCUGAAGCCUGCCUGUAUAUUUGUAUAUCAGGAUGAGCACUACAGAUGGACCCGGGACCCCUGAGCUGGAGGAAGUGUCCCGCGUCGUGCAGAUCUACCCCAGGCUUUCCCAGGACACACCUGCCUACUGUCCCCUCCAGGUCACUGGUGGGGAUACGGCAAGGACAGUCAUCCACAGCGCCGUGGUCACUCUGGGCCUGGAUGCCAGUCAGACGUACAGCCUGCUGGAGGUCAGGGAGCACGGAGGGGAGGAGAGGUCGCUGGAAGCCAGGGACUGCAUUUUAGAGCGAGUCCUGGUAUGGCCGCCGGAGACGUGGAAGUGGCACCCUCAGACACAUGGCUACUACUUCAUCCUGCAAACUGACAAUGGAGGCAACCAAACAGAGACUUCCACAGAGGACUACGACGACCUCUGUAACCUCCAAGCUGUAAGCGAGGAUAGCAUUCUGACGGCUUUACGCCAGCGCUUCUACAGACUCAAAAUCUACACCUACGCCAGCAACAUCCUCAUCGCCAUCAACCCCAAUAAGUACCUACCUGUUUACUACAAUCCCAAGUAUGUCAAGAUGUACGAGAACCAGCCGCUGGGCAAACUUAGCCCUCAUAUAUUUGCAAUGGCAGACGUGGCCUUCCGUGCUAUGCUGACCCGGCAGGUUAACCAGUGUAUUGUGAUAUCUGGUGAGAGUGGCUCGGGCAAAACUGAAAGCAGCAGUUAUCUCAUCCACUGCCUGACUGCCCUCAGCCAGAAGACGUACUCCGGUGGGCUGAAACGGAUCAUCCUCGGGGCUGGCCCGGUGCUAGAGGCCUUUGGCAAUGCUAGGACUUCAGAGAAUAACAACUCCAGCCGCUUUGGGAAGUUCAUCCAGCUCAACUAUCUGGAGAGUGGUGUCAUCAGAGGGGCAGUUAUUGAGAAGUACCUGCUAGAAAAGUCCCGUCUGGUGUCCAGAGAUAAGAAUGAGAGGAACUACCACGUGUUCUACUACCUGCUGAUGGGCGCGUCCAAAGACGAGCAGGAGGAGUUUCAUCUCUUAAAGCCACAAGAUUAUCUCUACCUCAAGCAGGAAGACCUUUGUUUAGACGAUGAGGAGAAACUUGAGCAGGAAUACAAGAGGCUCCAUCAAGCUAUGGAGAUGGUUGGCUUCCUGGCCUCCACCAAGAAACACGUAUUUUCCAUCCUCUCUGCCGUUUUGCUCCUGGGCAACGUGACAUACACACUAUCAGAGGACACCAACGUCCUGGAAGUCGGACCGGCUGAAGUUUUGUCCUCGCUGUCUGACCUGCUCAAAGUGAAAAAGGAGCCGCUGGUCAACACUCUGACCAAGAGGAGAGUAAUGACCGCCAACACCGCCAUGGAUUCACAAUACACACUACAGGAGGCCUUCGCAGUGCGGGACUCCAUGGCCAAGUCUUUGUACGGCGCUCUGUUUGACUGGCUCAUCCUUCACAUCAACCAUGCGAUGCUCAAUAGGCGAGACAUGGAGGAGUCCGUCUCUUGUUUGUCCAUCGGUGUCCUGGACAUGUUUGGAUUCGAGAACCUCCAGACAAACAGCUUUGAGCAGCUGUGCAUCAACUACACCAAUGAGAAGCUGCAGUAUUACAUCAACCAGCACAUUUUCAAGCUUGAGCAAGAAGAUUAUUUGUCAGAGGGCAUCCCCUGGCAAAACGUCGACUAUUCUGACAACAGUGGCUGCGUUCAGCUGAUCAGCAAGAAGUCAACCGGGAUCUUUGACUUGCUGGAUGAAAAGAGCAACCUCCCUCAGGCCACAGAUGAAACCCUGUUGGACAAGUUGAAGCAGCAGCAUCAGGACAACCCAUUCUUUGUGCCCUCUUCAAAUACAGAGCUGACCUUUGUUAUUCAACACUUUGCUGGGAAGGUUAAAUACCACAUGAAGGAUUUCCGGCAGAAAAACACCGAGCACAUGCGCCCUGAGGUCGUAUCACUUCUACGGAGCAGUGAGCGGGCGUUCUUGCAUCACUUGGUUGCAUCCAGUCCAGAAGCACAGUUCAGAUGGGGAGUCCUCCGAGCCACAAUUCGCAUCUUGGCAGUAUUCAAGAAAAUGGGACGCCAGCGGGCGGAACUGAGGACUCCCCGUCGGUCCCUUAGAGACAUGAAACAUCGCAGCAGUGCUGUGGACAGGAUGUCCAGCAACAGCCUGACGCUGGAUUUCUCCUUCGAUCGCUCUGAUGAGCUGCCUCUUGAUGUUUUUGAAGACAUCUUUGCCAAUUAUGAAAAGAAAAAGAAAAGUAGAGGCAAUCGACAGAAGCAGCUCAUUCCAAAGAACCUCAUGGAUUUCCACUCACUCCAAUAUGUCGUCGGUCUCACCGCGCAUGACCGAACCAGCAAGUUCAUCUUCCACCCUCAUAGGAAGACCAAACCCCCCACAGUCAGCACUCAGUUUCAGGCGUCGCUAACGAAGCUGAUGGAGACGAUUGAAAAAGCAGAGCCAUUCUUUAUUUUCUGCGUCCGCUCCAAUGCUGAAAAGAAAGAGCUCCACUUUGACGAUGAGCUUGUGCUACAGCAAAUCAAGUACACGGGCAUACUGCAGAUGGUGCACAUGCAGAAGUGUGCAUACAGUGCCAAAUACAGCUUCAAGGAAUUUGCUGAGAAGUUCAGAAUUUUGCUUCCAAAAGGAUCUACUGGAACGGCAGAGCACAUAACUGAGCUGUUUGAGAGCAUGGAGAUGGAUAAGAUGGCCUACCAAAUAGGAAAAACCCAGGUGUUCCUCAAGGAGAAAGAGAGGCAAGUGCUCCAAGACACUCUGAACAAAGAAGUGAUGCGUCGCAUCAUCAUCCUGCAGCAUUGGUUCCGUGACUGUCUGAUCCGGAUGCACUUCCUGCAGAAGAGAGAUGCAACAAUGCUUAUACAGAGGCGCUGGCGUGAGUUUUAUGACAAGAAAAACCGAGCUGCUACGGUGAUUCAGAUGGCAUGGAGGAGUUCCCUGAUUAGCUCGACACUUGAGAAGGAGGAAGAGGAUGAUGAAGAUGAGACGGCAUCCAAAUCCCGUCCUGGGCGGGACAGCUUGACAAAAAGGGGGUUAAAGAGGCAGAACAAAGUGGACCACAGCCCGAGCGGGACCAAGGGGCCAGUCGGCGGCCAGUCUGCACGGGGGGACAGGAGCAGGGAGAAGCGAGAGGGCAGAGGAACCCCUCCACCUCUCAACCGACCUUUCUCCCUCCCGCUGGAUACUCACAGUGAUCAUCGCUCCACCAGCCCCAACAAGAGUCCGCUUCAGCGCUACAAAGACAUAUCGGGCAUCAAGGAGAAAGCAGAGAGGUGGAGGGAAAGACAGAGCGAUGAUUCAAGUCCGGAAAUGCGGCGACGACUAGACAAUAGGAAGGGUGAUUUUCAGCGCAAAGGGAAGUCCAUGUCUGCAGAUGAACUGUCCAGGAUCAGCUCAUCCGGCUCCGAUACCUCACCUUCAACCAACGAGGUCAGAGUGCAUUACCGCAAGCAGCCCAAACGCAAGAGGCGCUUAGCCUACGCCCGCAGCGGUUUGAUGAUUAACUUUGGGGACUCCAAAGAGAGCGAGUACUGGAGCUUUCCCCUGCCGCCCAUCAGUCCCCACGUGCCCAGCAUGAAGAGCUCGGCCAGUAGCGUGGAUGUCCGGGCCCUCGCAACCCAGGUCAAGAUGCUACCAGAACCUGAUGGGUCGAGGUUCAGUCUUCCAGCAAGAAGGACCAAUGAGGACUCAGCAGGACAACAGGGAUCUAACCAAUCACAACUCACAACCCCGGAGAGGAUUUGGUUUCUCACUAAAUUCCUGAAAAAGCGGCCACAUAAAUAUUCCCCAAGCAAUGACUCUCCGUUAGAUAAAACAGUCACCUUGCCCAGUUACACUCCACAUCCCUACCACACGCCAAACCAGGACAGAGUCAAUCGAAACCCCACCAUCCGAAUCAGUCGUGGCACACGGGUAAUGCAGUGUAACACGUCUCUGGACCGUGAGAUCACUAAUCCAAAAGAACUGCGACACCUGGACGAAUUCCUCGGCAAUCAGGUGAAUGAGCUGCAAACUAGAGCAAAAGAGCUGUCACCAGCAGAGAGCAUCUUCCUCACAGCCACCAUGCAGUUCAGAGAGACCAUCAAAGGCAUGUACCAUGUCCAGAAGCCCCAGAUUGGCUACAAAGAUCUGAUGAAGGGCUACCGCAACAAAGUGAGCACACUAGCGGGGUCGAAGAAUAAAACCGAAGUCACCCUGGUGGUCAACUUGUUCCAGUCUGUGCUGGAUGGAUUCAUUAGAGGCCAGAUAAAACGAGUGGAGUGCGAGCCAGCCAAGGCCAACAAAACUACAAAGAAGAGGAGGAAAAAAGACAAAUGUCUUGAUAGCCCUCUGGAUCACAUGUUCAGCACAUACCAGGUGAACAUCAUGCAGUCGUGUGACUUGUGUGGCUCCUACAUCUGGGUAAUGGAGAAAGCCUACAUGUGUAGUGCUUGCAAGUUAAUAUGUCACAAGAAAUGCCUGGGCAAAAUCAUCACAGACUGUUCGACGCGAUGUGCUAUGCAGGAUGACAGUGUACCAGGCUCACUUCACUUUGGAGUCCCGGUGUGUGUACUCACCAGUAAAGCCAAACCUGUGCCACAAGUGGUGGAGAUGUUGCUGAUGUACGUGGAGAUGAACGGACUCUACACGGAGGGCAUUUACCGCAAGUCGGGCUCGGCCAGUCGAGCCAGGGAGCUCCACCAGAUUCUGGAGACCAAUCCUGAGGGGACCUCUUUAGACAACUACCCCAUCCACACCAUCGCAGGUCUGGUGAAACGUUGGCUCAGAGAGCUGCCGGACCCUCUCAUGACCUUUGCCCUUUACAGCGACUUUCUGCAUGCCGUGGAGCUUCCAGAAAGCGCUGAGAGAAUUAGGGCUGUUUAUCAGAAGAUCGACGAACUUCCUCCUUCUAAUUACAACACGUUAGAGCGGCUCAUCUUUCAUCUUGUCAGGGUUGCAAAGGAGGAAGAGCACAAUAAGAUGUCACCAAACUCUCUCGCUAUUGUGUUUGCCCCUUGCAUCCUGCGUUCACCUAAUGUUGAUGAUCCCUUCCUUGGGAUGAAGGAUGUGUCAAAGUCUACAAUGUGUGUGGAGAUCCUGAUCUCUGAGCAGUUCAGGCGCUACAACGAGAAGAUGCAGAACAUCCAUGAGCUGGAAUAUGCAGAGGCCCUGGCUGUCAAUCAGCUCAAACUGAGGAGACAAAACACGAUUAUUGAAAAGCCCUCAGAGCUGGCCGUCCCACAGCAGAUAGAUCCGGAUGAAAUGGAGAAGACCCUCAUUGAAAGGAUCAGAUCCAUCAAGCAAGAAAAGCUAGACUUGGCCUGCAGGUUACCUGACCUGGAGCAGGAGAACUCUGACAAUGAAAACUUGGACUCAGAGUCAUCGAUGAGCUCAGACAGCCUAGAUGACCUCCUGGGGAGCCUGGACUCGGAAGGAAAGGCGACCAUGCGAGUGAAAACCCAGAAACCCGACUGCUCGUCUAAACCUCCUGACCUGGCGCAUAGAAUAAGAAGUGUGAUUGCUCAGAUGGAUGAUGUUCAAAUAGAGUUUGCACCUGGAGAAGAGGCAGAUGUUACCCAAUCUAUGUGCUUCCUGCCCAGUCAAGACAGCACCUCCCCGACCAACAAGACCCAGAUCACUAGCAAGACUUUAAAUGCGAGCUUUGACAAUCUGGACAUCCCGUACAUCGAUGAGGAUGAAGAUCUAACCUCAGAAUAACGCCUUAAGUUGUAAUAAUUGGAAUAUUCGCAAGUAUGUGUUAAUAGAAGUCUUGUGUCAAAAAGGAACUGUGCACUUUGUUUUAUGGACAUUUCCUUUUUUUCUUUGCUGCUAUGGAGACAAAGUGCUUUGAGGAUUUGCAUGUAUUUAAAUGGAUGUCGUACAGACAGACCCUUCAGGGCUUUUCUAACAGAUCUGGAGAAAAACCUAACGUCAAGGACUACUCAGCCUCUUUAUACCAGUACAUGUUUUUGUGAUUUUAAACAUAUUAUUGUACACAGAAUUGUACAAUACACAUUUUAUAUAAGCGGGGUGGAGCAGGUGCACUAGUUCUGUAAAAAUGUGUGAACAGUUGUGUCAUGUCUGUAGGGAAAAAAAAGGCAGGACAACAUGAUAAUGAGCAGAACAAGUUACUUUAUUAAUGUGAGCUUGACCACUGUGGAACUACUCACCAUUGAUGGUAUUUUGUUUGUUGUCUGGUUAGUUUACCAGAAAGGGCCAUAAGACAGCCAGUGAAUAGUGAUUGACUAUUGUACAUGGAGACACUGCAUUUUUACUCUGAUUGAGUGAAUUGUUUUGCAUCAACAAGUUUUCAGUUGUGUUUUCUUCUUCUCAUUUUCCUCUGGUACAUCACCGCUGUGACUGACCACUGAUUCACUAUGCCUGUAAAGGGAAUGGUCAUAUUGCUGCCUUUUACGCUGACUGAAAAUACUUCACGCUGUCACUUUUCUUGGUAUUGCAAACCUGUUUGACCAAGUAAACGUUUUGCCUAUACUUUUACAGUAAGUUAUAAAGAAUAUGCAUGCCUGUACAUUUUAUAAGGGUUAGGAAUAAUUCGCAAGUUUGACUUAUGUGACCAACAGAAAUAAACUGACCAUUUUCAAA